UGAACAUUAAAAGAAAAGCUGCUUUAGGGCUUGAAUAGCACUCACAGCAGAACCAUGGCAAUUGCUACACUGGCUCUGUACCAUUCCCUUGUUUUUGUCUGGUACAUUUUUGUAACCUAUUCAAUCUCACUUGUAAGAGCAGAAGACCGGCCGUCUGAAGUGUUCCUUUAUGGUAGGCAGUGGAAAUAUUUGACAGUUCUCAAUCUGGUUUUGCAGGCUGUUUUCUAUGGGAUCUCCUUCCUGGCUGAUGUGUUGAGACUAAUUAAGAAACUACCAAGUGUUAAGUACAUAAUUUCCUGCAGAGACCUUCUCUUCAGUGUCCUGGCUUUCCCUGUGUCCACGUUUGUGUUUAUGUCCUUUUGGGUAUUGUAUACGUACAACCGAGAACUGGUUUACCCCAAGAGCCUGGAUGGGAUCAUUCCAAUGUGGUUAAAUCAUGCUAUGCACACUAUUGUAUUGCCACUUGCUCUGCUGGAGAUCUUUGCUACCCCUCACCGUUAUCCACCAAAGAAGAAAGGACUGCUCUUAUUAGGAUUUGUUUCUGUUGCCUAUCUCAGCUGGGUCCUGUGGAUUUAUUCUGUAACCGGAGAGUGGGUAUAUCCUCUCUUCACCUUUUUCAGCCCAGUGGGUCUAGUGGCCUUUUUCUGCAGUAGCAUUGUCCUCAUUGUCUGGAUCUACAACACUGGAGAGUUUCUCAACCGUAUGAUUUGGGGAGAUACAGUAGUAAUACUGGAAUACAAGAGGAAGGGCAAAUGAAGCUUUCUUUUCAAAGGAGUGCUCCCUCCAUGAAUUCUGAAGCCAUGAAGUAGAGGGAAAGAAAUGCCACUGUGCUACACUCCUUCUCCAACGUACUGUGUCUUCUGAUGAAUCCAUUUUAUCAUCAUAACCAUGGAAACUGGUGGAAAAUAUUAAAUGAUAGCAUUUUACAGGAUGGUUAUGAAACAAAGCAACUGCUACGAAUAAGGAAAUGCAUAUAUCUGUGUACAAGAUUUCUUAUCCCUUACACAAUAUACAUUAGGAUAUGUCUGUGGUAAACUUGUAACUGGCAAAUAAAUUACCUCAUGAUCUUGCAGUGGGACUGGCAUCACAUCUUUAAAUGCCCCGUGAAAGCAAGCACCUGUUACUCAGUACUUGUUUGGCUCACCCAAUGUUUUUCUAGAAGUCUAGAUGGAAAAAUAAAAAAAGAGUAAUAAUUUUAACACUGCCAUGACUUCCAAAACUAGAAAGAUAAUAAAAGAUAAUAAAACCCACCAUUUUUGCAACAGGCAAGAUUCUGGAAUAUUUAUAUAUAUAACUUUUUCUUCUUAAUUUCUAACAAGAACUCAACACUUUUUCUUUUUUGGUUUCAGGUAAUCUUGAAGCAAAAGUAAGCUAAGUAAUUUUACUGACUGCAGGAUUGUUUUGACAGAAAGUAUGUUAAUUGAAAGUAUUUAACAUAAAGCUGCCUGCCAUAAAAUUAUAUUACAUUCACAUGUUUACUAACCUUGCUUGAUAUACUUGAUUUCUAUUAUUAGCCUCAACAUUUUGUUAAUACCAAGAGCACUGGAAAGAUGCUUUGCAAAUCCAAAUAAACAAACAAAAACAGUCCUGGAGUGAAAGUGUAGUUGAAUAGUCAGUGUAAAAGAAUAUCUCUGUAUUGUUAGUGAUGCAUUUAGAUGACAAUUUAAAAUUAGUUGGCAGUACUUCUGUGGAUAACUAUUACUUCAUUGCAAUGCCGAUAGCUCAGCACUAUAACACAGUCAAUGCACGAGAGUAUUGUUUGCAUCAUUGAGUGCUGCUACUGCUUACCAAAACAUAAAAGAGAAACAUGUAUGGAUUAGCUGUCCGGGAAUAAUACACAAAAGCAAAGUGGACAUACAAACUUUGUUCUUCUCACAUGUUGUGCACCUGCUAACACUCUGGAUUGGGAAUUUAACAUACCAGUACUAAAUUGCAUACCAUGGAGAUCCAUGCAUCCAUAGCUAUUUUAGGUUACUGCACAAUUCACUUCAAAGUUUAGUGAGGGGACUAUAGCACCUCCUCUGGUUGAAUUAGAGGGAGAGAGUGGAGGAGCACAACAGGGAGAUUUAGCUAGAAGGGGAAAAGAUGAUCAGUGGAAAAAGUGAAGGGAGAAGCAGGCAGAAGAAAAAAGGGCAGUGAAUUAAGGGAGAAAGAAAAGGAGAAAAUUGAGACUUACUGUAGAAAGUAACAAAAUAAUAUAUUGAAAGUUCAGUAUCAAAAUAUUAAAAUGAAAUAGAUACUAAUGUGCAAUAGAAAUAUCAGGGGGUCGGCUCAACAAAACACAGGAUCCCAGUGUUCCUAAAGAGAAGAUAAUUUGAUCUGGUUUCAUAUGGUGGGGCCCACUGGUUUUGGUGCACACUUACUGAUGUUUAAUAGAUUCCAGUACAGUUAAUACUAAAUCAGUUUACUUUCUCAAACUUUCUCUUCCUAAAGUGAAGUUCUCCCUGAAAAGAGACUCUGUAAAAAAGGCAUCAGGAGGCUGUAUGUUCAUUGUGUCCCAAUGAUUUCCAUGUCAUAUGGGCUCUGUAUUCAAGGAGAUGUAUUUUCCUAACUGCCAGUCCCUCAAAUUCCCUCUGGGCCCCGAGAGCCCAGACUGGUUCUUUCACUCUCAUGCAUCACCACCAGUCAGAGGUUCUUCAUGGCAAAUCAUACCCUAAACUACACAUGUGCAGUCAGACUGUCUUCAGAGUAUUACUUCCAUAACCUUGGUGCAAAGCUACAGAAGGUGGAGGAGAAUUCUAUAGGUUGCUUUAAAAAUCCUAUAGAAAGGGUAGCACUACUCAGUUCUCUAAGAGGGAAAUAUGGGACCUGCACUGUGAGAUUAAAUUCAGGAUGAAAAAUAGUUUGUCCCCAUAGUUCCGAGCGAUCAGCCCCUGGGCUUGAGUUUGGGUCUCUCUCUGAUGCAAACACAGCCAAAGAGGAGAAAAAUUACAUGAUGCAUCAGAGUCAAUGAGUAUAAACUGACAUUGCUCCCUUGAUUGCAAUAGAGCUAUGCUGAUUUACACCAAAAGAGGAGCUGGCCUUACAUUUCUUUUGCACAACAUUUUAAAACAGCAAAGCCAAGAUG